UCCGUUCCGCUCCCACCAUUUCAAUUCUGUCCCGGAACCGACGCGCACGGCCAGUUCUCGCCUCUCGGCCCCCGGUCGGCCCCAAGAACAGCUAACAAGCGCGCGCGGCAGGCAAGACCAUGGCGAGGGCGGCGGCGGCGGCGAAGAACGUGAUGGUGCUCGCGGCGGCGCUCGCGGUCCUCCUCCUGGCCGCGGCGUCGGCUUCCGUGGCCAGCGCCGGCCGGGCCGACCCGACGACGGCGCCCGGCGGCGGCGCCUCUUCUCUUGACCAGGGAUCGACGGCGGCGGGGGAGCGCGGGUGCGAGGGGGCCAACGACGAGGACGAGUGCAUGAUGAGGCGCACGCUCGCGGCCCACACCGACUACAUCUACACCCAGGAGCAUCACAACUAGUUGUGCUCAAUCCUAGUACCUACUAGUGAUCGUAUCGCAGCAUGCAUGUCUUGGUGCUAGUCAUGUUCCUUCUGAAUCUCUGAUCUGUUCCUGUGAAUUCAGUGCAUGCUGCGUUGGAUAUAUAAACAGUUUCAACUCUAGGCUUCCAUGCCAUUGCGAUCCAUGUUUUGAUUUGUC